AAUAAACUAUCAAUCAAUCAGGAGCUGCCGAUACAAUGGCCUGGCUGGGGAGAAAUCCCGAGCCACCUGUGACAUCAAGAUCAAGAUCAAGGCAGAAAACAAACAGCUGCUCGUGACACUCUACCCCUUUAUUAACUCCUGCCGCCUUAAGACUGCCACCCCCACAAGCAUGUCCGCCCGCCACCUGGUUUUCGUGUACGGGACCCUGCGGAAAAACAUGCUCAACCACUCCCGGCUGCUGGACGCUGCCAAUGGGGCGGCGCGGUGCCUGGGCCUGGCCACCACCACCGAGAGGUACCCGCUGGUCAUCGCCUCCAGGUACAACAUCCCUUACCUGCUGGCGGCUCCAGGGCAUGGACAGCAUGUGCGUGGGGAGGUGUAUGAGGUGGACGACAAGAUGCUGGAGACUCUUGAUGCUCUGGAGAACCACCCCAAGUAUUAUGAGAGGAAGGAAAAGAAGAUCAAGCUGGAGGACUCGGGGGAGGAGCGUGAGUGCUGGGUGUAUUUGCUGCACUGCUACAAGCCGCACCUCAUGGACCUGCCCUUCCUGGAGGACUACUGCGCCGUGGAUGACCCGGAGAAGGUGUACAUUGCCAGGUGCUUGAGGAAGGAACCCGGGCCCGAGUACUGGGUGGAUGUCAAGUUGGAUGAGGUGCUGGCGCCUUCUAAAGAGUGACUGUAACAUGAAUGGCUCAUUGGGCAGCAGACACGGGGUUUGUUUGGUGGAUUGUAUGGUAGACGUGGUUGUUUGCAAAAUUGUAUAGUUGAUAAUUUGGGUGUUUUUAACUUCCUCAAUUAAGCUGAAGUACUGAAAUUACUUAGGGCGUUACUGAAAUGGGGUUUGUUUGGUGGUUUGUAUGGUAGACAUGGGGUUGUUUGCAAGAUUGUAUAAUUGAUAAUUUUGCUGUUUUUAACUUUCUCAUUUAAGCCGAAGUACUUAAACUACUUAUGCCGUUUCUUAAUUGUAAUCUCUUUAAGUAUGAAGAUUGUUACAGAAAGCUAAAUUUUUGGAGCAGGCUUUUCAUGCUGCCAGAAUGCCUCUUGUACAGAACUGAGUAUGUACUACUGUGAAGGUUUAUUAUGAAAUUUUAACUGAAACUUUUAUUCUUAAAUUGGCAAGUAUGGUUAAACUCAUUAUGUUGAUUUAUUUUGUAGUGUGUCUUCUGGAAGCUGCUUAUUUGGUGCAGUAAGAUUUUAUUGAACGCUGAUAAGAAAGUGUUAGUUCAGAGCACCUCAUAUUCAGAUCAUGGGAAUGGGCUGCGGUAAGGGAGAGUGUGUACAGUGUGGCAGCUCUUGGGUUGGUCGCUAAGGGCCGCUUUCACACUCAUUUUGUUUGUUUUGAUCGUUACCAAUUGCGGUGAUCGACGCUACAGUUUUCCACGUGAAACUGGCCUAUGGGGUAGUGGCGGCUGCAGAGGAAGCGAGAGGUGUCGAGAGUG